CGACACAUCACCUAUCAAAGCCCAUUGAAACAGGCCAAGACUCGAACAUUGGGAAUUACCUCAACUUAGAACCAUUGCAAGGACACACACACCGAACGUCAAUAUGACCAAGAUUCUGCUGACAGGCGGCUCCGGCUUCAUCGCCGCGCACAUCCUCGAGCAGCUCCUGGCGCGCGGGCACUCGGUCGUCACGACCGUUCGCUCCGAAGACAAGGCCCAGAAGAUCCGCGACGCCCACAAGGACCUCGACGCUUCGCGCCUCGCCGUCGCCAUCGUCCCGGACAUUGCGCGCGAGGACGCCUUCGACGAGGUCGUCAAGACGCCCGGCCUCGAGGCCGUGCUGCACACGGCCAGCCCCUUCCACUUCAACUGGACCGACGCCAAAAAGGAGCUCGUCGACCCGGCUGUCGUCGGCACGACGGCCAUCCUGCGCGCCCUCAAGAGGGACGCCCCCGGCGUCAAGCGUGUCGUCGUGACGUCGUCCUUCGCCUCCAUCAUCGACGAGGCCAAGCUCGAGGACCCGGCCACCGUCUUCACUGAGAAGCACUGGAACCCCGUCACCCUCGAGGACAUCGGCCGCAGCCCCGCGACGGCGUACCGCGCGUCCAAGAAGCUCGCCGAGAAGGCCGCUUGGGACUUUGUCGAGCAGGAGAAGCCGGGCUUCGACCUCGUGACGGUGACGCCGCCGCUGGUGCUGGGCCCCGUCGUGCACCACUUCGCGGACCUCGGCAGCAUCAACACGUCCAACGAGCGCGUCGUCGACCUGGUCAAGGGGAAGUGGAAGGACGCCGUCGCGCCGACGGGCGCCGCGUACCUGUGGAUCGACGUGCGGGACCUUGCGCUGGCCCACGUGCUGGCGCUCGAGAAGGCCGAGGCCGGCGGCCGCAGGCUGUUCACGACGGCCGGGUGGUUCAGCAACGCCGAGAUCGCGGCCGUCGUGAGGAAGAACUUCCCUGAGCUGAAGGACCGGCUGCCGGCCGAGGGGACCAAGGGCGGCGAGCUGCCGCCCAAGGACAAGGUGUACGGGUACGACGACAGCGAGACGGCCAAGAUCCUGGGCAUCAAGUGGCGGACGCUGGAGGAGAGCAUCACGGACCUGGUCAAGGACAUCAAGGGGUUUGGUAUCUAAGGGGCGGGGAUGAGUGAUGGUCUCCGGGUGGUAGUGAAGAUAGAUGACUCGGGCACGAGUUAAGCCUUACCAGCAAUUCUUAGCCGACGAGGGGUUUUUUUGCUUUUCUUCAUUAAUCCCUUGUUACGAAGACGGGCUCCUCUGGAUGUGGCCGGUGCGAAGGAGCGAACUGUAGGAACCUAUGUGCGACAUUUUUGAAGAAAGGCGACUAUCCUGGCCUCGCCAUGCUAUCACCGGACUGCAAGAACACUUCCGCCGAGAGGGCCCUUGAACGAUUCGCACGAUUCUUCUCUACCGUGACGGCAGCGACACACCUGGCUGUUUCGGCUCUGAAAUCUAUGUCUGUUUGGGAUGGGGGAGAAGGAUGAAACGGUCCUCAAGCCCGCUCCGUCCGCUUCAGGCUUCUAAUAAAGCAACCAAUUCAUCCACCGCCUCACAUUCCUGGGACCAGAAUCUCUGGAUUGUCUCGACAAAAAAGACGCCGUUCAGAUUGAGAAAAGCGUGGCUGGAGUAUCUCCGUACCACUUCUUCACUUUGGAACUCGUGAGAGAGGGAGCCCUGCCCACCAGGAUGUUGUGGAUCGUCAGACCCAGGCCAAAGAGGACCGACUCGGCCAUCUUGACAACGUCACCAUCGGGCAAACGUUUAACGAGGGAUUUUAAGCCGAGAGCAACAGGUAAACCCUUCUGACUUAAAGAUGGGAUUUCGUCCUUCCCGUCAUGGUUGACAUGGGACGCUGGGCUCAGUGCUGGAAGAAUGGCCGUCGUGGCGGUGUGCAGACCGUAAACGGGACAAGGAUAGGCGGUGCUUGACGAUGUUUAUGGUGUGGUCUCC